AUGGCUAGUGAACACGGAAAUGGCGCCAAUCCGGGGCCAGGAGGGACAUCAGGACCCAGCUCAAACAUCCAUACUACCGCCUUGGAGAGAGAACUCGCCCAGCUCGAGCGUAUAAACAGUACAAUCUCACGACUCAUCUCCACGAUACGAACUACCCACACAAACAUUGACAGUAUGAAUGAAUCCAGCAACAACACGCAUAUUCUCUUGGACCAGUGGAUAAGAAUCUUAUCGCAGACAAACUUUACCCACGAAAUAAUCAACGACGGCUGGAACGGAGAAACCGCAGAUGUCGAAGGACUGGCUGAAUUGGAGAAAAGUUUGUUAGAGGAAUUGGCCAGUUUAGAGGACGAGAACGGUGCUUUGCGCAGAAAAAUCGAUGAAAAGGAGAAAGAGCGCCAAGAAACCGAGUCAAAACAAGAAGAGAUUGCCACGAGGAGGAGAAGGGAAUUGGGACUAUUACGGACAACAAAGCGUCCAAGAAUAUAG